AUGGAAGGGAGAUUAAACUAUAAAAAGAUCACGAAUGGUGGAUACCGUGCCCAAUCAGUGUUUAAAGAGAGAUGGUUUAGACUUAUUAACAAUUAUUUAUUUUACUUUAAAAUAAGUGAAAUGGGAAAAUUUGAUACAAAGAACCCUGCUGGAGCCUUUGUAAUGGAAAAUUCUUCUAUUCAAAUGGAACAUGGUCAAAGCAUAUCAUUCUCAUUUUCAAUAUCAUUUAUUGAUGAACCUGAAAAGCGACAUAUUUUUGCAGCUCGAUCUGAAGACAAUGUUGUACAGUGGGUAAUGAAGUUGCGAGAAUGUACUUAUGAAUAUUUGAGAAAUAGAUUACAUACUCUUCAGUCUAAAAUAUAUUCAAUUACAGGCAAGGAUCCUCUUCUGUUGGUGCCGCGAAAUGAAGCAUACUCGCGCGCUGCACCAAGUCCACCCGUUAGGACCAAAUUUUCGCCAGCAACUCGACAUGCUGAAGUCAGCCACGACAUCAAAGCGUUCACUGAGCAGGGCAAACAUUUGGGCGUUACUGGCAUUUUAGACGAAGUACCGGUGCCGCCCAGAAGGAAGUUGUCGCCCAAGCCAGUGGAAAAGCAAGUCAACAAUGUCCCAAACAGUACCAGUAAAGAGAAUUUGGUGGACGCGUUGACGGAAGACCUCAUUCAAUUU